UGCGACAUCAUUCCACAGUGACGCCGAGGUGGUGGAUGAAACGCAGGACAGGGGGGAUGGGGGAAGACCUUCGGCAAGGCGAUGACGCCACAGAUGACUAUUUCCGCGAGAAGCAGUACAGCGACGAGGAGCAGUGUGGGGACCACCAGAAGCAGCGUAGCGACGAGGAGCAGCAGAGGGAGCCUGUGGUACAGGUCGGCCAUGAACGGCAUGGUGGAGAGGGCUGCAAUGCCAUGUUUGGAGAGCCGCAGAAGGAGCAGCAUGGGGACCACCAGAAGCAGCACAGCGAGGAGCAGCAUGAGGACCACCAGAAUGCAGCACAGCGAAGAGGAGCAGCAGAGGAAGCCUGUGGUACAGGUCGGCCAUGAACAGCAUGGUGGAGAGGGCAGCAAUGCCAUGUCUGGAGAGCAGCAGAGGGAGAAGGAUGGGACCACCAGAAGCAGCACAGCGACGAGCAGUAUGGAGACCGCCAGAAGCAGCACAGCGAAGAGAAGCAGAAGAGGAAGCCUGCGGUACAGGUCGGCCAUGAACGGCACGUUGAGAGGACAGCAAUGCCACCUCUGGAGAGAAGCAGAAGGAGCAGCAUGCGGACCACCAGAAGCAGCAUGGCGACGAGGAGCAGUAGAGCGAGCCUGUGGUACAGGUUGGCCAUAACAAUU